AGCUACAAACAAUGUAAUCAACAUGAAACUCGCUGUGUGCCUUCGAUUUAAAAAAUGAGUAAUAGUGAAUAGGUUAUGUUUAUUCAUUCAUCAAACUAAUAAAUACAUAUUUGACUUUAAUUUUAACAUACAAACUGCAUGACGAUGAUGAAAAUAUCUGAGUUGCCAGGUGACGAGGAUAAUGGAUUGACCUGUAGAACUUACGUCUUUCAAAAUGAAAGCCACACAUUAGGAAAUGCUUUAAAAUGUAUCAUUGACAGAUAUGAAGAUGUCCAAUUCUGUGGAUACACUGUCCCUCAUCCAGCGGAAGCCAAGAUGCACUUCAGGAUCCAAACCCAAGAAACUCCCACAUUAGAUAUACUGAAAAGAGGCCUUACAGACUUGCAAAAAGUCUGUGAACACACAAUAGAUUUAUUUGAAAAGGAAGUAAAAGAAUUUAGCAAACCUUAAACAAA